UUUGGAUAAUAUGGUUCAUCGCGGUUGAAUAGAAGAGAAUGAUAGUCCUGCCGAUGGAUCUCCUGGUGGUGAUAAUGUUGGUAAUAAUGGCGAUGUGUUAUGUGAUGCUCCAGAAAAUGGAGAAAUGUAGAUUGAUGCCAAUAUGAAAUCUGCUAUCAAACAAGCCAGUUUCUUGGAGGAAGGAACUUCGAAUUCUGUGGGAGUAAAGGACAUCAAGGAGGAAGAUCUUUCGGUUGCGUUGAAGGAACCUGAUUGUGCUUUCGAGACAGUACCAACGCUUAGUCAAGGACCCCUGAGUGAGAACGUUGUGUUUGAUGAGAGUGAAGGUGAGGCUGAUGUUAGUGAGAGUGAUGGAACAGAGCAAAUUGUCGAUCGUUUUGUGGGGAAAGAGAAGUCGUUGGCACUCAGGGUUUCGACAGGGUUGCGUGGUGGAGUGGAGAGUUGUGGAGUGUUCUACGGGAAUGACUCUUUCUUUUUGCUCUUCAGGCUUCACCAGAUGUUAUACGACAGAAUGAUGAGUGCAAAGUUACAUUCCUCAUCAUCUGCCAACAAAUGGAAGAUUUCAAAUGGUGCUAAUCAAACAGAUUCAUAUGCGGGAUUUAAGAAUGCUCUUCGUAGUCUCCUGAAUGGGUCCUUUGAUAAUGCAAAGUUUGAGGAUGAGUGCCGAGCCAUAUUUGGAGCUCAGUCAUAUGUCCUUUUCACAUUGGGCAAGCUCAUGCAUAAACUUGUCAAACAGCUACAAACUAUAGCAUCAGAUGAGAUGGACAACAAACUCCUCCAACUCUACUCAUACGAGAGAUCGAGAAAUACUAAAUUGUUCUCUGAUGAAGUUUACCAUGUCAACGCCCGUUUUCUUCUUCCGAACGACAACUUGUACCGGAUAGAAUGUUUACAUUAUCCAACGCGUCUGACUAUUCAACUGAUGAGAAACGAAAAUGAGAAGUUUGAAUCAAUUUCUGUUUCAAUGGACCCCGAAUUCGCAGAUUAUGUGAAGAAUGAGCUUCUCAUGGUUAUCCCCGAAAGAAUUUGGAAACUUGGGUUGUACUUGAAAAGGAACAAAAGGAAACUCUAUAAUGGAGAUGAAAGUUCUGACUUUGAGAAAGCCAUGGAAGGACUUGUAAUCCACAAUGGUGUGAAAAUGAAGGUGAAUAGCCUCACAAAGAAGGUCGCCUAUGUUUUGGCCACAGAAGACUUCAUGUAUCGGACGAAAGGAAGAAGACGUGUAUUAUAUCAAUAAGACCACCGCCAAAUGGCUCUUCCAAUGGCAACUCACAGACCUUCAAAUUUUUUAUCUUUCAGCAGCUGUGGAGGUUUUUGCUGUUUUUGCUCAAUCAUAUACAAAAACAAGCUCUUAACAGUUAGCAUAUUCUGGUGUAUACAUCUUCUAUCUGACGCCCAGAGGAUUUGAGUCGUGUUCUUAGUGAGAAGUAGACUAGAUUUACUCUCACAGACUUUAAUCUAAAAUGACCGUUUGGAUUUGAAUGUGAUGUGGGUACUGGUAUACAAGUAAAAUGGAGGAACCCUUUUUUUUUUUAAUUUUAUUUUCUCCUUUCGUUGGCUUUAAUUGAGGUCAGCCGAACGUAAAAUGUUCUGUGUACCCCUUCUCUCGUGUUUGGGUUGCAUAUAAAGGUUUGUGAUAGAAAGUAUUUAUAGG